AAAACUUUUUCAAAUCAACCAAAUUUUGUUCGACAUAAUGAACCGAAAGCCUGACCGCAAUAAACAGGAUGUAGAAGAAGGCGACGAAUGGGAUGGAUUUUGCCGGCUUUGCUUCUCCGAAGCGAACGGAAUGGUGCAACUGUUCCCGGAGGACAAUAGCCCGGAUCGUGAUCUGUUGUGGAAAAUUCUUGAGUGCACUACGUUGAAGCUCACCUUCGAUACCGACCACACCGCACGAAUUUGCCUGGAAUGCAUACAAUGUAUGACUGAUUUUUGCGACUACCGAAUGCAAUGCCUGAGAAAUGAUAAAAGAAUAUCCACACGUAGGCAACGCAAAAGAACCUACUCACACAUACAGAAGCACCCAGAGGAGCUAAAUGUGCUAGAACAACCAGAGGUAGAUUCCCCUGAAGAGUUCCGUGCUGAUCCGUUGGAUGAAUAUGAAGAUUGUCAUGAAGACUCUGUCGAUGAUGUCGAAGAAGAUGAUCACCUACAACCGAAUGCAAAUCCGUCAAGCAUCAAAGAAGAAUUAACUAUCGAGGAUGAUCAUCUCAUGAACACUGUCGUUGAAAACGAUUCUGUCGAUACAGACGAGGCCACUGAUCAACCAGAAAAAGUCAAGAAGAAACGAAUUCGGAAGGUACUACUUCACGAUGGACACACCUAUCAGCUUCUGUCGUCAAGACCAAAAUGUGACUCUAUUACGUGGGGAUGUAUAUGGCGAAAGUCAAAAGCCUGCAAGGGUACCAUAGGUACUAGAGCCAGUGGUUUAAUACUCGGAAAUGUUAUACCGCAGCAUAAUCAUCCACCUCAACCGGUCGAGAGUAAGCAAAGGAAAGCGGUCAUCAUUCACGCUUACCGAGAGGUUGAAAAUAUCUACCUGGACGAACCGUACGAAAUCACCAGGAAUCGAAUCGGUGCCGAUAUGCUAAUGUACAAUGGAGAUAGGUAUCCGUACUCGCACAGUCGUAAGGACGGUUGCCGCAUAUGGAAAUGCAGUUCUCAUCGAAACUGCAAGGUUUCCAUCUAUCUUUGCCCAGACGGCAGAAUUUUCAAGCUAGCCAACAGCCAACACUCGGACGUGAAAAUACAACAAAAGCGAAGCCGUACAAUGGACAAUGAAGCCACUGUAAGUGACAUCUCGUCGAACAUCGAAGAUAUCUAUCCAGAACCGGUGGGAACAUUCAACUACAAGAUCGUCAAGAAUGCCAACAAACGAAAUGUACUAAUCUACGGAGGUGAUAGGUACACUUUCUACUACAAAAAAACCAACGGAUGGGUGGUAUGGAGAUGCACGGUUUCGAAGGGAUGCCUUGCCAUGAUCUACCAGCUACGUGAUGAUUCGGUUGUUGUCUUGGGUGAUACGACUCAUAAUCAUUUGAAGACAACGGAUAGUUCAUGAGCAUAUAUGGUGAGUUAAUAAACCUAUAGACAUAGUAUUGAUUGCAA